GGACAACGCCUGGUGUGUGGUAACACGGCGGACGCUUCUUCCUCGUAGGGCUUCCGGUGCGGCGGAGAAGCCCCCUCGGAGCUCUGUGGGUUUUGCGGGGUGGAGGGGAGCUGAGGUAAGGUGGUGAGUUGAGCUGCUUCGUCUUCUUCUUUUGGCCAGACUCUGCAGAGGGAUAAGCCCCUGUAGAGGGAGAGAGUGUGAGAGAGAGAGAGGGUGGGGGUCACUGGUACGUUUGCGUCGGGCCUGGCUUUCCCUUUAGGGCUGCGCUACGUUAGAAGCGUGAAACUUUCAGGUUUGGGGCCUGGGUGAGGGGCGAAGAAGCGUCAACCGUAUGCGAGUGUAGUGUGGGCCUUAUCCUUGGCCUUCCCCUUCCUUUUCUGGGAGCGGCCCAUCAAGCAGGGUGACCUGAGCUAAGGGCUCGUCCUUGUCCCUGUCCUUCCCGCUUGGGGCCCUCCUGGUAAAGCAGGGUACCAACCCCUGCCUGCAGUCCCGCAGCCGUUCGUGGGAGCGUAGGCCCGCGGUGUAUUUUUAGCCCGGCCUUGUACUGCUGAGCGGUGCUGUUAGGGGCAGGCCCGGCUCGCACCAGGUGGGGCCUUCCGCCGGCCCUGGAGCCUGGGGGAGGAGAGAAAGUGCCUGCAUCGUGCUCCCUGUGAGGACUGGGCUUUGGGCAGGUGCUGUUAAAUGCUUCAGUGUGCUAUGAUGUGAUUAAUGAGUGGUGAGUGUGUGGUCUUCCUGGGGCUUGCCCAAGUAGGGGGCACAGGUAUGCUGCUGAAGCCUUGGGGCAGGUGGCUGUGCUCUUUUUAUCAAAGGAACCGAUUGCUGAGUGCUGGUUGUUUACCCAUUGGAAUGUGUUAUUGUGUUUGGAGAUGUUUCUGUUUGUGGCUUAGCUGUCGGUGGUUGAUAGGGCAAUAACAACAGAAUAGUUUUACUUUCAAAUUCCCAAGGAGAAGAAAAACAGCUUGCGAGAGAAACAGGGUUGUGUUGUGUUAUUCUAUAUUGUAUUGGACAAGAGAAGGCUUAGGGAGGCAUCUUUUUGGCCCUCUAGUAUUUAGAAAGAGCAUAUUAACAGGAGAGAAAUCAACUUUGUAUGUGGAUCAGUAGUGAUAGGAAAAAAAAAAAAAAACUUUGGUUAGAUGUUAGGGAGAAAUUCUUGGCUUAGAACGUUGAGGCCCAGGCACUGCUGCUUACAGUUGUGGGUGCCCUAUCCCUGUAGGUGCCCGAGGCCAUGGAUGGGCACUGGACAGCCUGAGCUGGUGGGGGCAGCCAGCCCAUGGCAGGGGUUAGGACUGGGUGGGUUUGAAGGUCCCUUCCAACCCAAGCCAUUCUGUGAAAAACAAAUUAUUUACUGGUCUAGCAAAUGAAAUUAGGGCCUGGUCCAGGCAGCUGCUGUUUCUCAUGUGAUAGGCAGACACAAAAACAAAGUAUUUAUAUUAGGGUGUACUAAAUAACUUCUAUUCUGAACUUCAGACUGUGAGUUUAUUGUAAGCCUGCUUUCAGAACAGGUUUUAAUUAUUUUGAAAUAACUGUCUAAAUAUAGGCAUCUUGGAUUUGUUGUGAGUUUGUGCAACUGGAAUUAAUCACACAAAUUGCCCUCACAAAAAUAAAAUGCAUAAGUAGUUAUGCUUUGUCAGAGUGAACUCAUCUGGAAGUAGCUGUGGUAGAUGUGCAUGCAGGUGUUUGAGGAGUGCAUGUUUGCUCUACUAAGAGGCAUUUGAAGAUGCUUAUUAAACUUCAGUGCUAUUUUCUGAUAAUAUUCCUUCUGCAAUCUCUUUAGUGAAGCUGCUGAAUGUAAGAGUUAGCAGAAUAAAGAACCUGUACAGUAGGCUGCCUGUUUGUUUCUUGUUGUCUUCACUGGUUUUAGAAUAGACAUUAUCAUUGCAGCUGCUCUUGAUACCAAUUUCAGUGAAUUCAACCAUUUGGUCAACAAGUCACCCUGGCUCUAGAAAGAGAAGUAGCUCAGUAUAUGAUGCACAGAGGCUUUAAGCUUUGUACUAUACAGUCAAAAUUAUAUAAGGGGAGUGAUUAUGAUCUAUAAUUGAAAAUACUGUGCAGGUAAUGUCUCUCCUGACAGGAAAAGCUUGUGCUUUUUUUUUUUUUUUUCAGUUUAUUAAAAACAACCAUUAAUAAGGGAAACUUGAAGGUACCAAGCUAUGCACAGGGUAGGUACAUUGUUAGAACAGCUUAUUGGCCAUGCACAUUGGCUUUACAAAUAAAGGCCAAGAUCUUUGCCUCUGAAUUUGGGACAGUCAUCAAGUUAAGUGUUUGUUUUUACCCCAUUCAUUCUUACUAAGCUUAAAUAGGUUUUUCUAAUAACUCAGAUCUUGGUGGAUUUUCUCUUAACACAAUCUUCUUGUAGUGAGGAUUCAAGAAGUGGAGCAGAACUUCUUGGUAGCGGGGAUAAUGUUGUUCUAGUAGGAGCAGAGCUGUAAGUUCUGUUUCUGUCCUAAAAGCCAGCCAUUGAAUUAAUCAUGCAGGUAGAUCAGUGCCUCAGGCCUUCUUCCUCUUAGUACUUGGCUUAGAAAGAAAGAGUGUGCUCAAAAAGAAAUAACACGAAUGUUUAGCUGCUUUAAGAUUUUCUACAUCUGAGGUAAAUGGAGCCUUGAGAAUGGAGCAGAGACAACACCAGAGGUGUAGGUAGAUGACAUAGGUGAGGAGUGAAAUUCUGCCAGCUGGUUUCCAUUGUUUUCCAAGUUUUUACAAGUUGCAAGCACAAGACUUUUGCCUUCUCUUUAAAUGCUCUUUCAAAAGGUAGUAUGAAACAAAAUCCUUUCUUUCACAGUUAAAUUACUUGUUUUCAUGCUGACCAGUGAGCAGAUGUGGAUUUGAGAAAACUUCUGUCCUUGCUGGUUGUUUUCUUGCUAGGUAGCUCUGUACUACUUUUAUUUGAUUUUUGGUGCCUGUCAAAAAAAAUCAUAGAUGAGAAAAGCAAGCUUAUAUCUUGGACACUGAUAACAGUAGCUGUACAUUUUAGGGAAAAAGUGUAGUUUUUUGCUUUUUAUCCUUUUUGCUUUACAGGAAGUUUAUCUGAAUAUAGGGUGUUGUGUGGUUUUUUUUUUUUCCCUGACAGUUCAGCUGAAUGAUUGAAAACCUCAUAGGGUGGAUAUGGAGGAAUAGGUCUAUAACAGAAUUCAUUGAAAUUCAUCUAAAAUGUGCCAGUUCUGUGACUGCAGAAUAGUUGAGAUAGUCUUUUGGUGCUGAAACAUUAAAGGUUAUAACGUAAGAUUUAUGUUGACAGUGGAAGUAGAUUCUAUAUUAGUUAUUCUCUGGUAAUAGAGCUUGAUGCAUUUGGCUUAAUGCUAAGCAGACAGGACUAUAUUAGCUGGCAUCUUAGCGUUGUUUUCAAAUUUAAAUUCUCUUUACACUUGCUAUAUCCAUCUUGUUCCUUCUCUCUGAUUGAUUUCAUCUGAUAGGGCUGAGGCGUGACUUGUAAUUACACAUGCUGGUGAACAGGCUACAUUUGAGUCUGUGGGAUUGCUGUGUAAAGAAAAAAGUCUUAUAUGCAGAUGAAAUUUAGCAGUCUUGUCUUUUCCCAUAACUCAUACAGUAUAUCCUAAAUUCUCCUUGUCUUCUCUCUCAGACCAAUUAACAGAUUGGCCAGUUGAGUAACACCCUUUUUGCAUUUAACAGCAAUUUGCCAGGAUUUUCCAUGCCACAUGACAUUGUGCUGUUACAAUGGAUGACCUAUUCGUAGGAUCUUAUUCCAGCUUUUCUGAAUGUCAAAAAAGCCCCACACAACAGCAGCAUUUUUGAGGGCUGCUGGACUAUCUAAUAAUACACCUAAAUAAUGGAGUUAAUUACUAUUUUGAUGGGGAUUUGGUCUAAGUUGUAUUUGAGACUUCUUUCCAAUGUUGCCACCAAAAGUAUUUGUUCUUGCCUGUUUUUUUGUGUGCACGUGUAUUUAAAAGCCUGUCUUGUCUGCAGUCUCAAACAAUACCUCUUGUCUUCAGUCCCUUGAGUCCUCUGUGAUAAUGUGAAUCCAGGGUUGAUUUACUUUGUUUGAGGAAUGUCAGUGCCGGCUAAAUAGGUAAUAGAUAGUGGAUAAUUGUUUCUAUAUGGGGUGUUUAACGGUACCGUAGAUUAGUAACAGUACCUUAUAGCUCCUCAGAAAAUGAGUCUUUCAUGGUAGUCCACAAUGCAAUGGGUUUUCAUUGCCAUAAAAAUUUAUCAUUUCAGUUAAUAUUUGAUUUUCUUCCUGGAUGCUGCUAACCCAUAAAAACAUAGUUACUAUACCUAAUGGUUGCUUUGUCCUUUUUUGCCCUUCUGCUUGUGAUCAAAAAUCUCUUGGGUAAUGUUCAGUGGUGUUCAGUUACCUGUUUUGAAAAGCUUACUUUGUUGACAGCACAAUACUUUAGAUAAACACUUGCAAGCAAUCUAUGAAUGCUGUCUUCAGUGAUGCUCCUUUGUGCACUGUCUUGCUUGGGUAUUUAUUUUACUGAGCUUCCAGGAGCACUGGAUUAAAGAGUAAAGCAAACGGCUAUCCAUCCACCCCGCCUGUGACAUGCCAGAGCUCUUGGUGCUGGCAGUAUGCAUGUGUAAGAAAUGGGACAGCUUGUACUUGCACUGGUGGGGAAACUUGUUCAGACGAGUCCCCCCCCCCCCCCCCCCCCCCACCUUCAUGGGAGUAGAUUUGGCAUUAAUUUGUGUAACUCGGAAAUAAAUUGUUUAAAGAUGUUCCCAUCUGGGGGAAACUAUGAAUAUUCACUUGCGUUCUUCCAUGUUGUUGAUAACUGUAAAAUAGCUGCUGGUAGGUGGUAAACAGAAAAAUAAGCAAGUCUUGAUCUGUAAUACCAUUCAUGCCAACAUAGCUGUACAGGUACCUUUAUAAGGAUCCAGUAAGGCUUCUUUGUGGCUACAGGGGUCUGCUUAUGUGUGUUGCACUGAAGGUUUGAAACAGUAAGAGAAAAAUAGGAGGUUUUGCAGUAGAUAAUCCAUGUCACAAUUUGUAUGAGGAACUGUCACUUGUUACUAUAUUUACAUUUAAUUUCUUCUUAAUGUGCUUUCCCAACUGUUGCCUAUUUCUGUAAUGUGACCUGCUCCUGAGUUUUAUCACACUGGGGUGUAUUCAUACUGCCCAGUCACAUGGACAUGUGAGGCAUGCAUGGUAUUUGUAGCCAUCAGUGUUCCUUAUGUGCUUACUUGAAUCAAUAACAAAUCUCACUUCUAUGUACUUGCCCUGGGCAAAAAGAUGAAAUGUUUUGCUAUUUAAAUAGUUGUGCGGGAGACUUCUAGCCAGCGAGAGCAAAGUGGGGGGUAUAGCUUGAGGUCUUAGUGUGUUUUGACCCAUUCAGACUAUUGCUAAGUGACUUGGUUAUUGCUGUAGUUUUUACUGUUGCUUAAAAAUGUCACCCUAUUCACUUGCUAAAACAUCAGUAAAAUCUGCUACUUGAGCAUACAAAUGUUGGAUGUCUGAAGGUUCUUGGGAGAGGAAAAAUCUACAGCACAUUAAGUAUGGAGAAAAUCAAAGAAAAUAAAAACAUUUGCAUUGUUAUUCCUAAUUUGGACAUGAGGUCCUUAAACUCAAUUAUGUUACGUAAAAUAUUCCAGAAGUCUUAAAUUGUUGAACACAAAAUACAGCAGUCUGCUACAGAGAUUUCUUAUGAACCAUGGGGCAGCCGUCUUCCUUUUUUCCCCUCUUAAUUUCUGUGUCUGAGCAAUGAUCAUGCUAUCUUGGGCAUGAUGAGCUGGACUGGGUGGAGAACUUCCAAAACCAAGGUUCAGUUACUGGAACAAUAAUUUUCCAUUCAGUUAGCAUAGCUGUUGACACACCCUGAGUGGAAAGAUGACUUAAGACUUCUGCUUAUAUAAAAAUAAAGAUAGUGUAUUCACAAUUUUUGUAUUGUGUAUCAAGUGAAAUCACUUCGAGGGAAAUGAAUUAUGACAACGUAUUUCUCAAGUUCUUCAAAUAUUCUUGCACAACGAGGAGAAAGAAGAAACGUUUCAGUGAAUGAGGAGUCUUUUGCUUCUAUAGCAUUUUUCUUCAGAAGUGGGUCUUUGAAUGAGGAUGACAAUGGAAGAGAUGAAGAAUGAAGCAGAGACCACUUCUAUGGUUUCCAUGCCACUCUAUGCUGUUAUGUACCCUGUCUUUAACGAGCUAGAAAGAGUAAAUCUGUCUGCAGCUCAGACACUGAGAGCAGCUUUUAUUAAGGCUGAAAAAGAAAAUCCAGGCCUCACACAGGAUAUUAUUAUGAAAAUUCUGGAGAAAAAAAGUGUGGAUGUGAACUUUACAGAGUCUCUUCUACGUAUGGCAGCGGAUGAUGUAGAAGAAUAUAUGAUUGAAAGACCAGAACCAGAAUUCCAAGAUCUGAAUGAAAAGGCGCGAGCACUUAAACAGAUUCUUAGUAAGAUUCCAGAUGAGAUCAAUGACAGGGUGAGGUUUCUUCAGACAAUCAAGGAUAUCGCCAGUGCAAUAAAGGAACUUCUUGACACAGUAAAUAAUGUCUUCAAGAAAUACCAAUACCAGAACCGGAGGGCACUUGAGCACCAAAAGAAAGAGUUUGUAAAAUACUCCAAAAGUUUCAGCGAUACUCUGAAAACCUAUUUUAAAGAUGGAAAGGCAAUAAAUGUGUUCAUUAGUGCCAACCGACUAAUUCAUCAAACCAACUUGAUACUCCAGACCUUCAAAACUGUGGCCUGAAAACUGUAUAUGUUGAGAGUUGUACUUUUCAAUGGUGGAUAGGGUACCUUUAUAUGUAAAUUUUAAAGUUUUGACUGUAUAAAUUAUCAGCCUCUCUUGAGGGGCCUAAUGCAGGAUUUUGAAUGGGAUUAUUGCCAUCUUACACCAUAUUUUUGUAAAACAUUGUAGCUUAAUCAUAAUCUCACGAUGAAGAUUUUGCAUCACUUUUUGCUAUUAUCAUUCUUUUCAGAAUUAUAAGCCAAAAGAAUUUACGCCUUAAUGUGUCAUUAUGUAACAUUCCUUAUAAGAAUUGUAAAUAUUUGGUGUUCUGUUUCUGACAUUUUAACUUGAAAGCAGAAAACUGCGAGAUGAUGUAUUUAACGAUAUUGGUGGCAAAUAUUCAAUAAAUAGUUUACAUCUAUUAGACUGUUUUAUUGUAUGUGAACAGAAGAGCGUAACUCAUCUUAGAACUGCAGAGCAUUCAUUAAAUGGAAAAAUUGAAGCCAGUUGGCAGUCCAAAUUGGUACAAAAUAAGGGGCUUUCCUUAAAAGGGAGGUUUUUGGCUGUGAUAGGAUACUAGAUCAGAGUACAAGAAUAAUUCUAUUAAAAUGUCUUUGACAAAGUAAUAAAGAACCUCAGAAGUUGA